UACUGACUGUAAGAAUAAUUCUUUUUGUGCAUUUAUCCGGUUCUUGCUAUUCUUCAUUAUGAGUUUCAUUAAGCUUCUUCUUUGCUGUCACUCUAGCACAACCAGUGCGAGCGAUCCUCUACAGCCUCGUCCCGUGGAACUUCAACAGGAUAAGAAAGGCCGCUAUUCCUCGGGGCGCCCUAAUUAUGCCGCCUCUGAGUAUGGGAAAUCUAUUGCCUUUUCAGCGGCCAUAUCUAUCGACAGUGACGGCUUUCCAACACAGAGAAGCCUUGGAACACUGGCAGUGCUCAACCCCAACCAGUCAAUUCACUACAGUGUUGGUCCUAAGUAUGGCAGAGCUUCUUAGCUCGGCCCAGCUUGAGUUUAACCCUACUGGUAGAGGUAUGGAUUGAUGGGAUAUAUACAUAAUAGCUAUAGUAUAACGCCUUAUAUUGUGUUAUUGAAAAAAGAAAGAAAAAACACUCAUUUUGUUGGCUACAGCAUUGC